UAUUUCAUCAUUUUCAUCAACAAUUUCAUCAUUUUCAUCAAUAAUUUUAACCAUGGAUGACAUUACCGAAGAAUUGCCGCCCGUUCCAUCAGAAUUUACAAAUGAAUAUGUUUACGAGGUUUUUAACAUUUUGAAAAAGAAAAAUAGUUCUCCAAUUGAUAAACUAAGUAAUUAUUUGAGCAGAUCAUUAGAAACACUGUAUGAAAAUGUAGCUUUAACAGCAUUAAAAACCAAAUUAUACCGUCUAAUAACGGAUGUGAAACGUAAAGGAGGAAAGGGGAGGAAGGUGCUUUUACAAAAACCCUUUGUUAUACCUUUACAUGUAGUAAAGACAACAUCUGAUUUUGCAGAUCAUAUAAAAACAAAAGUAGAAAAAAACUUAAUCCGUGAUUUGUCUUUUCAACUAAACGAAGCUAAUGAUGACAGGGUAAAAAAAAACUUUAAUAUUGAUAAAUUAAGGAAGGAAAAAAAGGCGUUACAGAGAAAGGUUAGAUCUGAAAAGAUAAAGACAAAAAAAACAAAAGAUAAGAGUCAAAAUAAUCAAGCAUCAAAUCUUUUUCAAAUAAAAAGACAGCUUAGUAUCCGGAAUUUUGAUAUGAAACGUCAAAUUGAAAGAAUGGAAAGGGAACUUAAAGAGAAAGAAAAUGUGAUUCAAUUUAUGAAUAAUGAACAGAAAAUAAAGGACACAGAUUUUCCAAAGUCAAUGCAUGCUGCAAAAGAAAAGUUAGAACAAUUAGAACAAUCAGUUAACACAUUAAAAGCAAAAAACAAAGAUCUAGAGGAGGAGAAUGAUUAUGUAAGAAAUUUGAUACAGGACAAUAACUUGCUAGAACUAUAUGACGAAACAUCAAAUCAGUUUACUGCCGACACUAUAGAGUGUGUGAUGAACCUUCAAAAUAAUAACAUUUCUGCAUCAAAAAUAGGGGAAGUCAUAAGAACAGUGUGUUCUUUAUGUAAAAGACAACCGAAUAGGGUACCCUCAGCCACCACUGUGAACAGAAUCAGUGAUAUGAAACUAUCUAUAGCUACAAAGCAGGUAGAAGACCUGUCAAAGAAAAGUAAUUUAACACUUUAUUCUGAUGAAACAUCAAAGUUCGGAAAAUCAUUUGAAGUGUUUGCUGUAACAGAUGAGGACAAGCACAGUUAUUUGUUAGGUUUACGUGAAAUGAGUUGUAAAAGCUCUGAAACUGUAUUGGAAACUUUCAAAGAUAUAUUACAGGAUUUCAAUGAAUUAUGUGACGGAAACGAUGUUGGUUUUAAGGUUCUUACUGGUAUUAAAAAUACCAUGUCAGACCGGGCUAGCACUGAAAAAAAGUUUCAAAAUUUACUUGAGAAUUAUCGAACAACCAUAUUGACAACAAUUAUUGAUGGUUGGCCAAUGUUAACAGAAGAAGAAAGGGCUGCGUCGUCUCGAAUGAAUAAUUUCUUUUGCUCUUUGCAUCUUUUAGUAAAUUUUGCAACCGUUUGUGGAGAGGGUCUUAAAAAAUUUGAAUCAUUAUAUUUAAAAGAUCAUCCUAUCCAAACUGAUGAUGAAAGUGAAAUUGAAAGUGUUACUGAAAGUGGUACAAUUCGACUUCUUCGAACUUCAGCGAAGUCGUUCAGUAGAGGUGUUGAUGAAAAAAAUGGUGUGUAUAAACAGUUUAAUACAUAUUUACUAAUGAAAAAAGAAGAUCAUGUCAAAUUUAUUCGCUUCACACAUAACAGAUUUAAUGUGUUCUUUUUACUUGGACAUGUCACUUACUUUCACAGGGAAAAUAUUAAACACUUCCUUCAUUCUUUUCAAGGAUGUACAAAUAGACUCCUUAGUUCAGUUUAUCAAGACAUUUGUAAUCCACUCCUUGUUGCUGGUAGUCGCGCUUUGGGAAUAAUUUCCAAGAUUAUAACGGGCCCUUUAUGGCGAAAUAUUGAAUGCAAAACCCAUAUUUUGGACAUAAAUGAUACAUUGACAGGAUUGCGUUCAUUUUUAGCAGAAGCAAAGGACGAUUGUUCAGAGGUUGUAACUGGUAAACAUGUCCCAUUUCCAGAAGAAAGCUGUAAAAUUGAAAAUGACAUUGUAAUGGCAGAACUUUUUAAACCAGAUGAAACAGAUGUUAUGACAAUACAGGUACUACAGGCGUUGUUCUCAUGCAUGUUAAAUCUACUGGACAGACAAGCAGCAGAUCAUUUACCAGGUGGAAAAUAUUUCUCAAAGCCAACAGAUAUAUCUGCAGAAAGUAAAAGUGUUUUAAAACACAAUAAAUUACCUGAAUUUUUUUUUGGUCAGUUGGACUUUUUGUUGAGGUACAGGCCGAAUGCUUCUCUUUUAUGUAAUGAAGCUUAUUUACUUUAUUCACAUAACAAGACGGAUGAAUGGCUUCAAAGUCUAGAUGAUGUUAUGAGGAUUCAGCUAAUAAAUGAUAGUAGAAAGGAAGGUAAAAACAUACGUCUUAAGUUCAAAGAGAGAUUAAAGACAAUUGAAGAAAAAAGAUUGGCGACAUUAAAACUUAAGGAAAAGGAAAUCUCUGAAAAAAAGAAACGUGUUCUAAAGAAGAAGGAAACUUUCACCAAUGAUAUACUCUUUUUUGGGCUAUGGCAGAGUAGGGAAGAUAUUAAAUUAAAACUUGAGGAAAUACCCAGUAAUGCUGAAAAGAAGAAAGCACUAAAAUCACAGCUUAAUUUUAGGAAAAAUGUGUUGCUUCAAAAAUCUGACAAAUCCUAUUUUUUAUUUUCAAGUAAGAAAAUACAAAAAACAAUACCUGAAUUAACAGAACAACUUUGCAAACUUGUUGAUGAGUCAAAGUCAGUUGCAACAGUUGAAAGUACUAGUUCCUCGCAAGUUUCACUUCUUGUCGGAAAAACAAUAAGGCACAAAUUUGCAGAAGGAACAUUUAUUGGUAACGUUAUUUCUGUGGUACCUGGUUUUGGAAAAUGGUACAAUGUCACGUAUGAUGGUGACCCAGCAGUCUAUGUGUAUCAACUACAAGAGGACUAUGCUGAUGGAAAUAUUGAGAUAGUUGUCCGAUGGUAUACAGCGCAUGCUGUUACAGUUGUUACUUUUCAGUUCAAUUGAAAGUACACAUGUUCUGUUUUUAUUUCACACUGCAUUAGGCACAAACUAUUUGAUUUUCUAGGUAAAAAAAUAAAAUAGCCUAGGCCUCAUUUUUAGUGCUAUUUUAGAAAUAUAUUGUCAAAACAUUUGGCCUUAUCAGAUGUGGCUUGUACCACAGAAGCAUAUAUGCUAGCCUAAAUUUUAAUGUAAAUUAUUUUUAAAAUGACAAUUUUCCCAGAAUAGCACUUUUUAUUAAGAGAUCACCACAGGUUAGAAAUAAUUUAUAAAAGACAACUCUUGUAAAAAUGAGGUACUCAAACUUUCGAAAAUAGUGAAUGGAUUCAUAAUAGUUAUCUGUCUGUGAAGAUCUCUAAAUUUGUUUGUUGAAAUUACAAUUUAUUCUGAUAAGGUGGUACCUUACACUUACAAAAAAUAUAUAUCUCUGGUGAAAACUCAUAUUUUUUAUUAGGUGUUGCAUUGCAUAUAUUAAUAGUACUUUUUUUUUUUUAAUUAAAUAUGCACACAAACCAUUAGAGAGAGUAUGUUUCUUUGUUGUAAGAUACCACCUUAGUUGUUAUGUUAAUACUGGAAUUGAUAUUGAGCAAGUCAGUUUAACUCAAGUUUGUCAACAAUAUUUUGCCAAGUCAUUUAUUUCAUGUACAAUAUAAAACAAGAAGACUUAGUUGCCAUAACAUUUUUAGUAGAAUGAAAGAUUUGUAAGCAAUUUUCUAGAUAAAUUUUAAAGGUCAAUUUCUAUUUAUUUUAUAUAUUGGUAAAUUAUUUUAGUUAAAAUUUGUAUUAUGUACAAUAAUUUGUGCUGGUAGUUAUAUGAUGAUGAUGCAAAUCUAGACAAUUUAAUAUUAUU